ACAGUCAUGAUUCCAGUUUCUCUCUAGGGGUUUUUUGAAGUUUAAGACAGAAAAAUUCAACCUUUCCAAGCUUUGGAAUUUUGAGGAAAUGGAAGAGUUUUACAGGCUUAACAACCCUGUUAUAACCUCAUAUUCUAAUGGUGUUGUUGGAAGUGAAGCCAUUGCAAGUACAAGCUGUGGAGAGAUUCAUGAAGCUUUAAUGGUGGAUGAUGAUAUGCUUCAGCUUGAAGCUGAGGUUACAACUGGUUUGAACAUGUCUGACAUGAUCAAAACUCAAAUUGUCAACCAUCCCCUUUAUCCCAAACUUGUAUCUGCUUACAUUGAAUGCCAAAAAGUUGGAGCUCCACCACAAGUGGCUUCUCUUCUUGAAGAAAUUGGUCGUGAAAAUCACCCUUCUAGAUCCUCUAUUGAGUUGGGAGCUGAUCCUCAACUAGACAACUUCAUGGAAUCGUAUUGUGAGGUUCUUCAUCAAUAUAAGAAUGAGCUAUCCAAACCAUUUGAUGAAGCAACAAUGUUCUUGACCAACAUUGAAUUGGAGCUAAGCAAUUUGUGUAAAGGAUCCUUUACCAUGAUGUUGGAUUCUCGCUCUGCCAUGAAUGACGAAGUAUCUGGGACUCCAGAGGAAGAACCGAGCAGCUACGAGGAGGUGGAAAUGCCGAGGAAUCACGAGCCGUUCUGCACACGAAAAACAAACCAAGACCUCAAAGAAAUGCUGCUGAAGAAAUACAGUGGCUAUCUCAGCAGUUUGAAAAAGGAAUUCUUGAAGAAAAGAAAGAAAGAGAAGCUACCAAAAGAUGCAAGAAUGGCUUUACUUGACUGGUGGAAUACUCAUUACAAAUGGCCUUAUCCUACAGAAGAGGAAAAAUCAAAACUAUCUGUUGCUACUGGUCUAGACCAAAAGCAAAUUAAUAACUGGUUCAUAAACCAGAGAAAGCGACAUUGGAAGCCGCCCGAAGACAUGCGAUUCGUGCUCAUGGACGGAGUCGGGGCCGGGGAAUGCAUGAAAGGAUCAAAUUUUUAUGACAAUGGAGAAACUGGAAGCCAUGUAAUUUGACAUAUUGAUUUAGGUUCUUGUCUAGUUUCACAAAUUUUAGCUGCUUUCGAGUUUCUUUGUGUACAUUUUCUCUUCUUCCUUUUUUUCCCCUUCUUUGGUUAUAGACUUGGAAUCGCUUUCUGAGUUAGACAAAAACACGAGUAUAUAGAAAUUACUUUUGUUUAUGUGCCAAUGACAAACGAUUAUUAUCAAAUUUGAGGAAUAUGUAUAAUGAGUUACUAUCAA